AUGACCGAGGCGCUGCUGCGGCUGCUGCGCGGCGAGGCGGCGCGCUCGGCGCGACAGCCGGAGGGGCUCGAGGAGCUCGUGGCCGGGCGAGGGCGGCGGCAGCUCGUGCGUGCGCGCGGAGGCCACGCCUCGAUCUGCCGCGUCGAUCCGACCCUAGAGCUCGAGCCGGCCGCCCUCUUCCACGGCGCGCGCUUCGGGGAGUGGAACGCGCUGCGUGCAAAGGGCGUUGGGGGGGCGACGGCCGGCCCGGACCUCCGGUUUGCAGUAUUUGCGCCGAGGGAAGGCUCCGGCCUGCCAGUUGUCUUGUUCCAGCACGGGCACCAGGUGGACGCAGCGGGCCAUGCGUUCAUGGCACAGCGGAUCGCGAACGCCGGGUACCUCGUGGUCAUGCCCGAGCGCGCAAACUCCGUAUCGUAUGGCUGCUGCGGCACCACGUGCGCCCUUUGCUGCUUUUGCACGGCUCCCGGCUCGCGGAUCACAGACGGCAAGCAUCUCCUGGCGGCCCACGCGUGGGUCGAGGAGGAGGCUGCAAAGGGCUCGUCCCCCCUCGCGCGCGGCGAUCUCCGCAAGGUUGCUGUGAUGGGUCACUCAAUGGGCGGCGUGGAGGCGGUCAAUUUCACCGGAAUGGCCGCGCCGGGUGAGUUUCAGGCGUGUGUCUUUGUGAGCCCCGCGCUGCCGACGUACUUUUCGAUCACCACGCGGACCUGGCACCCUUUGAACCGCCGCCGCGUCAAGGCUCUCUCCGUCCCAUCCCUCUGGGUGACCUCCGAGGGCGACAUCAUGAAAGCAGCCACAUACACGAUGUCGGAGCUCGCAGGGGGCGGCGCACGUCUAGUGACGCUCAAGGACUCUGCGCUCGAUCUAUCCAUGCCACUGACCAAGGCCACCUCCUGGUGGUAUCCGUUCACGCUCCCUUGCCUCGGUAACCGAGUCCUCGGGGUGUCCCAGCACACCGCGUUGGCCGCCGAGGCCUUUGGCGAACCGCACCGCCCAGUGAUCGCAUUCCUCGACAGCGUGUUUCUCGGGAAGGAGUUUGUCGUCGACGAGUCCAUCAUGGCGCCCAAAAGGUGGCCGUGCUGUCUCGAGACCUGCGCCGUCGGGGCAUGCUGA